UCAUAUCUAAGUGAGCUUCCAUGCAAAAAUACAUGCCUGUCUCUCUUCCUCUUGUCUUCAAAUCAAGGAUUUGCCCAGCGCUUCUUCAUCUCUUCAGGGCCGAUGGGUGGAAAAAAAUGCAAGGAUGUCGAGUACUGGGAUGCCUUGACCAAGGAAUGCAUGCACUGUCAAAAAGUUUGUCAGUGGGCACGAGCUUUCCCCAGAUGCAGCAGCUACUGUGAAUCUGCAAAUUGUAGGGCCAAGCCUGGCCACUACUACGAUAGUCUGUUGAAGAACUGCAUUAAGUGUGCAGACAUUUGUGGGAAACAUCCAGCUGAAUGCUCCCAGCUCUGCUCGGCAGUGCCGCCUUCUGUCACCAUCAAAAAGCUCCUGCCAGAAAUUACCACACAGAUGCCUAACGUCAGUAAGCUUAUACCAGCUCAUACCAGUUUGAGUCGUAAAACAGCGCCACCUUCUGUCACCAUCAAAAGGCUCCUGCCAGAAAUUACCACACAGCUGCCUAACAUCAGUACACAACCAAGCCUGGAUGACUCCACUAUCCUGAUCUACUCCGUCCUGGCUGUCUGCACGGCACUGUUGUUUUCUAGCUUGCUUCUAGUCUUGGUAGUCAUUCUGAAGGUGGGUAAGACCAAGCCCUCUGACACAGGACCCAGCCAGGGGACGGACCACAAGCAGAAGUGUGUGGUCGAGCUGGAACAGAAGUGUGACUUUCCAGGAAACCAGGCAGGGAUGAGCUCCAAAGAUUUUCUAACAACUUCUAGCAAUCCCACCUACCGCAAGCCAUCAGAUGACUCAAGCCCAACGGAAACCUGCGUGUGUGUGCACUGUUUCCCUGAUCUGAGAGUGUUUGGCCAGGACAACCAAACACCACUGAAAGCACCUCAGUUAUCCUACCAGCAAACCGUCUUCCACAGAGCCCAAGUCCAAAAAGGGGGCCUAGUGUGUAACGAAGGGAGUCUUUACAGCUCCGGCCUGAAAGUCCAGCAGGAGGCAGCAGUGGGAUGACGAAGCUUGAGCUAUUAUGUUCUUGUUAUAUUUUCCACAAGUUUACACAAUUACUGAGGUGUUAAUUAUGCCUGGUCAAAAAUACCCCAUAGUACAAACUAUAUUUACAGCUCUUUUCAUUUAUAGCGUAAGCAGCUUGACUCAAUUUAUUUGUGGGUUUUAGAUGCUGCUGUUAAGGUUUGUUGAUUAUAUGGGCAACUUUUAUCCAAAGUUUGCUUAUGUAAUGAAUUUAGUGGCAUAUUGUCAUUCAGAAUUUCCAACAAGAAAAUAAAAGACCAGCAACUAGAAGUCUGCUAACUGAGAUAUGAAACAUUGAGCUGGUAGAGCAUUCUUGUCUUUGUUCUUUUAAGAGUUUUGUUAUGUAAAGUUACCACAAAAAGUAAAUAAAUUUUAUUUCUUUGAUUGCUUUUUGUUGUAACAAUGUUUUGGCAAUGAAUCUAAUAUGGUUUAAAAUUUCCCUGCCAAAUUAGUGAGGGAAAUGCAUCUGUGGGAUGAGCAGCAGAGUUGAGUAUGUGGGUUGCUCCCAUGAAAAACUUAAC